UCAAUCAGUUAGAGAGCGUUUAAGGAAAAUGUUUGUGAAAACAUUAUUAAUGUGUGUAAUUAUUUACACACUGGUGCAUUGCAAUGAUGUGGAGGCAAGCGCAUCCAGAGCUGCUUCUGCUGGUCAAGCAGCUCAUGAUCCGCUGACGGUUUCCACAUCUGGAUCGUUCCGAGGAUCCUGGAUGGAGACGCGCCGGGGACGUCGGUUCCAGGCUUACCGCGGCAUCAAAUAUGCUGAACCACCUGUAGGAGAACUCAGGUUUCAGCCUCCAGUACCCAUUCUGAAGUACACAAAUGAGGUGAAUGCGACCGAGGAAGGACCAGCGUGCCCGUUGCCGGUACCUCCCACCUACUACAUCGACGAGGACUGUCUCACCAUCAAUGUAUACACGCCAAUCAAUGAGAAGUCCCAUAAUAGCACAAAACCCCUCCCUGUGAUAUUCUUCAUCCACGCGGGCGGAUUCUACUCCAUGACGGGCCGCAGCGACCUCGCUGGUCCUCAUUACCUCCUCGACAGAGACAUCGUACUCGUCACCAUCAACUACAGGAUUGCGACUCUUGGCUUUCUUAGCACCGGCGAUGCUCUUGCUCCUGGGAACAAUGGCUUCAAGGAUCAGGUGGCGGCUCUGCGUUGGGUGCAGCGCAAUAUUCGUGCGUUUGGUGGAGAUCCCAACCUUGUUACUAUCGCUGGCUGCAGCGCUGGAUCUUUCAGUGUCAUGCUCCAUAUGAUCUCUCCUAUGUCUAAAGGCCUAUUUCAUCGCGCCAUAUCUAUGAGUGGUUCUCCCGCUAGUCAAUCAACAGUACAGCAUGACCUGUAUCCUCUGGCAGUGAAACAAGCACAGCUCGUGGGAUGUCCCAUAAACAAUUCCAAGGCUAUUAUUGACUGCUUGAAGACAAAGCCAUUCAGGGAGAUUGGAGAUUCAUUGCCUGGAUUCUUUGAUCCGCUUUAUUCUCGUACCGUCUGGAGGCCAGUGGUUGAGCGCGACUUUGGUCAAGAGCGUUUCCUUACUAUGGAUCCCUCGGAUGCUAUUCGACAAGGAAAGAUACACGCUGUCCCCCAUAUCAUAAGUCAAACGCAUGAUGAAUUUUUCUGGAGUGCUAUCUCUAUCGUGAAAAACGCAACUCUUCGUGAAGCUUUGGAUGCAAAUUGGGAUCUUUACGCCCCAGCCAAUUUUCAACUACCAAAGAACGAGAAUGCAGUGAAUUCUGGAUAUAGGUUAAGACUGGGAUACCUUGGAAACAAACCGCUGUCCGAUGAUCAGGACACGUUAGAUGCCCUUGGAAAGUUGUAUUCCGACGCAUUUAUAGGCUUCGGCGUGCAUAAAAUGGCCAACCUAAUGUGCCGUCACUCGCCACAUAAGGUCUACUACUACCAACUUGCUUAUAUUGGCAACCAUAGCCACUAUGAGGAUCCUGUCACCAAAAAACCAAUAGGAACGGCCCAUCAUGAUGACCUGAUUUAUUUAUUCACGCUGAGCUACCAGUUCCCAACCAUCAAUGUCAGCGAGAGUACCGACUCCCUCAUCGUAGACAGAAUGACUGCUAUCUGGUACAAUUUCGCUCGAUUUGGCAAUGAGCUACCCGAGCUAUUAACUCUCCAGUGGCCCGCCAUGACACCAACCGCGCACAAGUACCUCAAAUUUGACAAGCAGUUCUCAAUUGAAAAGAACAUGUUCGAAGACAGAUUCAACGUUUGGGAAGAACUGUAUCCCAUUGAAACAAAUUAAAUUAUGUACAAUAGUAUUCGACUAGAUAUUAAUUUGUAUGUGUGUAGCAAAUUCGUAAAAUUUCUAGUAUUGUUAAAAUAUUGUUUAACUAAUAAAACAUCUGUUUCUCCUUCCAACAUGAAUUCUAUUUA